AUGCAGCGUGCAAGUGCGGCCGCUCUUCUUUUCUCCGUCGUCACCUUAUGUGGCUUUGUGCAUAUCCAUGGAGGCGAGAUCGUGGCGGAACUUCAACAUACCAACAUCACUGUGCAUUGGUCAACCGAUUAUGAACACCAACUUGUUGAUUUUGCGGUUUACUUCGGAGUGAAAACACCGGAUGUUGUGUUUCUGGGAUUUUCGGAUUUUGGAGAUAUGAACAACACGGAUGCUAUGAUCUACCAUUACGGAACAAAUCAAAUCAAGGACUCCUACACUGACCGUAAUUACAAAAUCAUGCCGGAUAUCCAACAAGAUUUCAUGAUGAUUCGUAAACGAAAGGAUCACAUUAUUUUCAGAAGAAAGUUGACUACCUGUGAUUCUAGAGAUUAUGCUUUCCAGCCCGGGACCACACAAUUCUACAUUGCUGCUUCGUUUGGACACAAAGAUUUGUUUGAUAUCCGUGACAAGAGAUGGAUUGUGGACAAAAAAUUCGGAAAAGUUAUCGAAGGGCCAACUGAUCGGUCCAAUAUCGAGGAUGAGCCAACUUCUCUCGAGAAAGAUGUGAAAGUUGUAAUUGUCAAUAGCAACAACCCGGAUCCAGUACCAAAUGUGGAGACAACUUACGAGUGUAUCAUUCGGAAAAUGCCAUUCGACACUAUCCACAACAUGUAUCAUGUAGUCAGAAUGGAGCCAUACAUCACACCUGGAAAUGAGCAUUUGGUGCAUCACAUGGAGGUUUUCAUCUGUCGUGAUGAAGUGGAGGAGUGGAGUGGAAACUGCAACGACCCGAAGAAGCCAGCCAAGGCAAAGUCUUGCAGUCAUGUGAUUGCUGCAUGGGCUAUGGGAGAGGGACCGAUUCAUUAUCCAAGAGAAGCAGGACUCCCAAUCGGAGGGAAAGGAAAGAAUGAAUACGUGAUGGUGGAGAUCCAUUAUAACAACCCGGAACUCCACAAAGGUGUUAUGGAUUCUUCUGGUUUUCAAUUCUUUGUCACUGGAAUGCUUAGAAAGUACGACGCUGGAAUCAUGGAGCUCGGUUUGAUCUACUCAGAUGCCAACUCAAUCCCUCCAAAUCAGAAGGCUUGGGCUAUGAAUGGAUACUGCCCAUCUCAAUGCACCAAAAAUCUACCCGAAGAAGGAAUCAACAUCUUCGCCAGUCAGAUGCAUGCUCAUCUCACCGGAAGAAAGCUGUGGACCUCUCAUUACCGUAACAAGGUUCAAAUCGGAGAUGUCAACCGUGACGAGCACUAUUCUCCACAUUGGCAACACCUCCAACAGCUCCGCCCGAUGGUUCGUGUGAUGCCAGGAGAUACAUUGGUGACAACAUGUGUUUAUGACACUAGAAGACGUUCGAAAGUCACUUUCGGUGGAUACGGAAUCACCGAUGAAAUGUGUGUCAACUACAUCUAUUACUACCCGGCGUCUGAUGUUGAAGUUUGCAAGUCAGCGAUUUCCAACAGCACACUGAGAGCUUACUUCUCACAGAGACACGGCAUGGACGGAAAAAUAAUGUCAAUCUCUGAAAUGUACAAUGGUGUUAAGAACUGGGGAAACGGUGUCGAUGAAGAAUUCUACAAUGUGUUGAAUGUCGGGAAUAUGAACAUGAACUGCUUGAGACCUGAUGGAGAACCCCAUCAAUUCAACUCUAAAGACACCCGCCAAAGCUGGGAGCACAUGGCGAGACCACGCCUCUUCUCCGGAUCAUUCAUCAGGACCAGAGAUCGUUUCCAGUGUCCAGCUAUCAAUGACAUGAUUAAUUUUGAGUGA